AUGGAGGACAAAUUUCGCGAAGCCUUCAUCUUGUUCAGCUCGUGUAAGGACAAGAUGGAGUUGCACCAGUUUUACGAACUUAUGCAUUCCUUUGGUAUUAUCCUCUCGGCUGAGGAGAAGGCUGAUUUACCCGUGAUGGUCGACAUGGAAUUCUGGCUGAACGUGGCGAACAAGCACUACAACCACGAGGACCCCUUCAAGCAUGUCCGCGGGUUGAGCGACAAAAGCUCCAGUGUUCAAAUCAAAAUUCAAAACUUCAUAGGGGUAAUGAAAGCGCUGGAUACGAGACUCACAGAUAAAGACCUGGAACUCCUCCUCAAAAUAGCAAACCCAGAAAACCACGACACGAUUGACUUGAACACUGUCUCGCAGAGACUAGCCCAGGUUAUCUAG